AUGUUGGUCACGCUUACUACCGCUCUACUGGCCCUGAGUGGCAGCUUCGUAAAUGCCCACGGCUCGCAUUCCACCCCUACCGAUCCCUCUGCAGACUGGGCGACUCGGCACAUGCAAGAGGAACAUCACAUUGACACCUUCGACGCCGCCUCUUUCUUUACACUCCACGAUUACGAUUCAUCCGGGGCCUGGACGCCCGAGGAAGUGAGGAAGACAUACGGCAUGGAUGACGAGUCCAACGCGGGCUUGACUGAGGAGCGGAAAACAGAAGCGCUGAGGGAGGUCUUCACUCUGUUCGACCCAGCGAAUACCGGGUUCAUCAGCCGCGACAACUGGAUGCACCUUAUUGCCGACGGUGUGAAGCUACCGGACUUUGGGUUUGGGCCUGGCCAUCACGGGGACAUUGAGUACGAGUACGAGAUUCAUCACUUUGAGAUGUACCACGGCGAGGAUGCGACGGAGGAGGAACUCACGCAUCCCGAGGAUAUCGAGCAUUUCAAGAGACAUGACGAGGAAGACGAGGCCCAGGAGAAGCUGGAUCAACUCGAACGGAUGGCGAUCGUUGCGGCCAACAUUCCGGCGAAAUUCCGCAAACAAGGGCGGGCCUGA